AUGGCGGAGCCGACCACUAUUGUAGGCUGUUCUGUCUUCCAAUUCAGAGUAGACUACGAGCAAAACAACAAGCUUCCCAUCAGGGAGGCUGUCCACUCCGACGUAGUCUCUGUCGGGGGACACCUCUGGAGGGUCGAGUGCUUCCCGCGUGGUUAUGAUGAGGCCGACAAUGGCGAGUAUGUUUCUAUCUUCUUCAGCCGCACGAGCCGAUCUAGAAGCGUCAGGGCCAUUGUCGAGGCCUUCAUGAUUGGUAGGGACGGCGAACCAUCUACAUCUUACGGGCGACGCAUAUGUGAAACAUUUGCAAUCGACGGAGAUGAAGGGCCCCAGGACUCCUGGGGAUGGACUCGGUUCCAGAAGGUUACCGAUGUGGAGAAAAAAUUUCUAAUAGAGAGGCACGUCACAUUUGUAUGCACCAUUGUAGUCAUGGAUGACAGUCCUAUUCCAGUCCCUCCUUCAGACAUUGGGAUCCAUCUUGGCCGCCUGCUCGAUCACACUGACGGGACAGAUGUGUCAUUCAUCGUUGAUAACGAGACAUUCCCUGCUCACCGAGCGGUUCUUGCUGCCCGAUCACCGGUCUUCAGAGCAGAGCUCUUCGGUUCCAUGGCCGAGGCUACCAUGUCGUCCAUCACACUGCACGACAUCACACCUGCAACAUUCAAAGUUAUACUUCAGUUUAUAUACACGGAUGAAUUGCCUGCAAAAGAUGACCUUGAGGACUCUUCCAUUGAGAUGAUUCAGAAUCUACUCGCUGCAGCUGAUUGUUAUGCACUUGACCGAUUGAAGUUUAUCUGUGCCCAAAAGUUAUGGGAUAAAGUGUCAGUAGAUACAGUUGCAACUAUCUUAGCUUGUGCAGAAACGUACAACUGCCACGAGUUGAAGAACAAGUGCAUUGAGUUCUUUGUGCUGGAGGAAAAUUUCAAGCAGGCUGUAUUCACUGAUGGUUAUGUAGCAUUGGUUAUAAAAUUUCCAUUGGUUGCCGCUGAGCUCAAAAAGAGGGUUAGGGCAUAA